UCAUCGGCGGUUCGUCUUUUUCGUCAUUGCUCGAGUUGGCAGCACGGGAUGGGAAGAUUGUAAACUUCGGGCUGUUGAGAGGGGAAGGCAGUGAAUAUCAGUCCGUUUGUUAUGAAGAGGCUGCGAUACGAAGGGAGUACGCUAAGGAGCCGAGAUGUUGAAUAUCAGGCAAGAGUGCGAAAAUUGUUUGAGAAGAACACGCUCCCGCGGUUGCUAGAUGGGACGUUGACGCAUUAUUUGGAAAGGGUGUUCAGGUGGGAGGACGUGGUUGAAGCUCAUGGCCUCAUGGAAAGCAACGCAACAAUGGGGAAGAUCGUUUGUGUCAUCAACUGGUAGCGUACACAUAUUGUUGCACUGAAUGUCUUAGUUACG